CUUCAGCAGCAGAAGAAGCCUCCACGACCAUGGACAGCAUCACCACCGAGUCGGCCAGCGGCGCCGACUACGAGCAGAUCUGCCAGCAGCUGGGCACCAAUCCCGACCAGGGCCUCAGCUGGGCGGAGGCGGAGCGCCGCCUGCAGUUCAGCGGCUACAAUGAGCUGAACGUGAAGCCGGCGGAGAGUCUGCUGGUGAAGUACCUGGAGCAGUUCAAGAACCCGCUCAUCAUCCUCCUGCUCGCCUCGGCGGUGAUCAGCCUCACCAUGCAGCAGUUCGAUGACGCCUUCAGUAUUACCUUUGCAAUCAUCAUCGUAGUGACGGUGGCCUUCGUCCAGGAGUACCGCUCGGAGAAGUCGCUCGAAGAGCUGAACAAACUGGUGCCGCCCACCUGUCGAUGCCUUCGCUCCGGCACCGUCCAGUCCUUCUACGCCCGCGACCUGGUGCCCGGAGACAUUGUCCUGCUGGCCACCGGAGACCGGGUGCCCGCCGACAUGCGUCUGGUGGAGGCGGUGGAGCUGGCAAUCGACGAGAGCAGCUUCACCGGCGAGACGGAGCCGGCGGCAAAGCGUUCAGAGGCAAUCCCCGAAAACUCCGGUCAGAACAACCACAACUCCUCCACCUCUUCAACUACUGCCUACAAGCGAAACAUCGCCUUCAUGGGGACGCUGGUCUGCGGAGGGCACGGCCGCGGCGUGGUGAUCAACACCGGCGACCGCUCUCACUUUGGCAAGCUCUUCCGCCUGAUGCAAAGUGAGGAGGCGCCGAAGACGCCGCUGCAGAACAGCAUGGACACGCUAGGCAAACAGCUUUCCCUCUGGUCCUUCGUCAUCAUCGGCUUCAUCAUGCUGGUGGGCGUCAUCCAGGGUCGCCCGUUGCUGGAGAUGUUCAACAUUGGCGUCUCCCUCGCGGUGGCGGCCAUUCCCGAGGGCCUGCCCAUCGUCGUGACGGUGACGCUGGCGCUGGGCGUGAUGCGCAUGGCCAAGCACAAUGCCGUCGUCCGGCGACUGCCCACCGUGGAGACGCUCGGUUGCGUGACGGUAGUGUGCAGCGACAAGACCGGCACGCUGACGGAGAAUCGGAUGACCGUGAAGACGGUGGUCACCUCGGAGCUGGUCAGCGCCGACCUGGAGGGCUCUCUGCAGAGCUCGGGUUCAUUCUCAGAGGGCUCUUCAAACUAUUUCAGCGGAGGUGGAAGUGGCAGCAGCACCGGCGCCGGGCGUCACCAGCUGAGCGGCCGCCAGCGAGAGUCAGUUCGCCGCCUGCUGGAGGUGGGCGCCGUCUGCAAUAACGCCCAGUACGAGUGCGACCAGAACUCCUCCUCCUCGCCUGAUACGUCAAAUGCUCAGCCAGCCGUCUCGCUGGGCCAGCCGACGGAGAUUGCCCUGCUGGCGGCGGCGGCCAAGUUCGACCUGGUGGGCGUGCGCGAGGGCUACGUCCGCCUGGAGGAGAUGCCCUUCAGCAGCUCCUCGCGGGUGAUGGCCGUCCGGGCGGCGGCCCGCUCCUCCAGCGGCGACCCGGUGGAGGCCACCGCCCGCUACUACGUCAAGGGCGCCCUGGAGCGGGUGCUGGCGAUGUGUGGCAGCUACUCGGCGGCGGACGGCGUCGCCGUGCCUCUCACCGCCGACAAGGCCGCUCAGUACGUGGGCGAGGGCGUCAAGCUAGGUCGGGAUAGUCUCAGAGUGCUCGCUUUUGCCGCCGGUUCCUCUCUGGAAGAGCUCACCUUUUUUGGCAUGGUGGGCAUCUACGAUCCGCCGCGAGCCAACGUCCGGGACGCCAUUCAGGCGCUCAAGACCUCCAACGUCGAGGUGAAGAUGCUGACGGGCGAUUCGGUGCACACGGCCAAGGCCAUCGGCGCCAGGCUGGGCUUGUUGGGAAACGGCGCCCUUUCCGGCGACGAGAUUGACCGCCUGGACGAGGUGGCCCUGGCGGCGGUGAUCCGCGACGUGUCCAUCUUCUACCGAGUCGGCCCCAGCCACAAGUUGCGCAUUGUGAAGGCGCUGCAGAGCACCGGAGCCAUCGUCGGCAUGACCGGCGACGGCGUCAACGACGCGGUGGCCCUCAAGAAGGCCAACAUCGGCAUUGCCAUGGGCCGGGCGGGCACUGACGUCUGCAAGGAGGCGGCCGACAUGAUUCUCCUCAAUGAUGACUUCUACACCAUCAUGGUGUCCAUCGAAGAGGGCAAGAGCAUCUUCUACAACAUUCGAAACUUUGUCACCUUUCAGAUGAGCACGAGCAUCGCCGCCCUCUCGUUGGUGGCCAUCGCCACCAUCUUCCGCGUGCCCAACCCACUGAACGCCAUGCAGAUUCUCUGGAUCAACAUCAUCAUGGACGGGCCGCCGGCGCAGUCGUUGGGCGUCGAGCCGGUUGACCCGGACAUUGUUCAGCAACCGCCGCGAAACGUCAAAGAUCCAAUGAUCAACAUUGAGGUCAUCAUCAACGUCCUCCUCUCUGCCACCGUCAUCGUCAUCGGCACUAUGGCUGUCUUCAUAAAUGAGAUGAAAGACAAUUUGGUGACGCCACGCGACACCACUAUGACCUUCACCUGUUUCGUCCUUUUUGACAUGUUUAACGCGCUUGGCUGUCGAUCUCAAACUAAAUCCAUCUUCAGCAUUGGCUUUCUGGCGAACAAGCCUUUCCUCAUCUCUGUCAGCCUUUCUCUGAUCGGCCAAAUGCUGGUCAUCUACGUGCCUUUCUUUCAGCGCAUCUUCGUCACCGAGGCGCUGUCCCUGAGCGACCUGCUCUACCUCCUCCUGAUGGCCUCUUCUGUCUUUGCACUCUCUGAAAUGCGCAAGCUGUACAAGCGUCAUGCGAAGGUUCUCCGCUUUGGUGGUCGAUCUUCAGCUGGCAACACCGGUGGCAGCGGCAGCAGCAUCGCCAGCCGACUGUCAAUGCGCAGCACCGGCGCUCCCAAGGACAAGUCGUACAUGGUCUGA